UUGGCGUCAUUACAAAGUGGUCGUUGAAGAAAGUACUAAGUUGUAAAAAUGAGUGAAAAUUCGAUUAAAAAAUAUUUUCAAAGUAGUGUUUUAAAACGCGUAAGUGAUUCUCCCGUUAUAAUUAAUGAAGAAAACGCUGCACCUAAGGUCACCCGAGUGGCAGAGUUUGCAAACGAUAUCGUUAAUUUUUGCAAAAAAAUUGACGAAAAGCAGACAUAUGAGCUUUUAACGAAUGUGUGGCAGCCUGAUUUAUCAUUUAUUUUUCCGUCGUCUGGUGAUCGAAACUUAAAAUUUCAGUUGUCGUGGCUGAAGUCUUUUCCAUGGCUAGUAUAUUCGCCUAGACAAGAUGGUGCCUACUGUCUAUAUUGCGUUGCUUUUGUUCGGAAAAACGUUGGAAAUGGUAGUCAACAAAAGGCAAAUGCUUUUGUUCAAACUGCUUUUAAAACUUGGAAAAAAGCACUUGAGAAAUGCAAAGAACAUCAGCAGAAGGAUUAUCACCGCAGAGCAGUGGAAGACGCAGCCAAUUUCAAGCUGAUUUUUGAAAAUAAAAGAAACAAUAUAUUAACAGAAAUUGAUCAUGGCCGCAAAAAGCAACAGCUUGAAAAUCGAGCAAAAUUACAUCCUAUAAUCCGUGUUUUGCUUAUCUGCGGGAGGCAAGGGCUUGCGUUAAGAGGCCAUCGUGACGAAGGAAAUCUUUCUUUAGAAAUGCCUGCUGAAAACGACGGGAACUUCAGGGCUCUUUUGCGUUUAGCAAUAGAUAGUGGCGACGAAAAUUUAAAAAAACAUGUUCAAACUGCAGCACGUAAUGCUAAUUAUUUCAGUUGGCGCAUCCAAAAUGAAAUUAUUGAAAUAAUUGCUGAUGAAACCACGGACGUUAGUGGCAUUGAGCAAUUUUCAAUUUGUAUACGGUAUGUUGAUCGUUUUGAGAAUGAGGAAAAACUGAGAGAAGACUUUUUAUGUUUUGUUCCUGUUGAGGAUACAACUGGCAGCGGUCUUGCGAAUGUGCUAAUUGAUAAAUUAAAAGAACUUAAACUUAGUUUUGCACACAUAAGGGGUCAAGGUUAUGACGGAGCGCGGUCGAUGAGUGGACAUGUCAAAGGUUGUGCUAGUGUCAUCCAAAAUUUAUAUCCAGCGGCUCUUUAUGUGCACUGUGCUAAUCACAGCUUAAAUUUAGCCAUCGGAACGACUUGCAAAAUACCUGCUAUAAGAAAUUGUAUUGGUUCCAUGAAAGAGACCGUAAAUCUUUUUCGGAUGUCAACUAAAGCAGGCACACUGCUCAAAAAUCUUAUUCUUGAAUACUUUCCAAACUCAAAGCAAGUGAGGUUACUUAAAUUCUGCGAAACACGUUGGGUGGAGCAUUUAGAAUCUCUUUCUUUAUUUAACGAUUUAUUCCCAUUGAUCUGUACUGCGUUGGAAGAGCUUGAUAUUGAAAAUUUAAGAAGUGAUUUAUCAAAGCCACAUGCUUUGUUGACUGCAAUCCAAUCACCUCAAUUUGUGAUUGCUAUGGCGAUACUAAAGCCAAUUUUUGCAUUAUCAAAACACAUAAGCCUAUGUUUGCAGCAAAUAGAUUGUGAUUUGAGCAGCUGCGUUGCUUAUGCAAAUAAUUUGUAUGCUGAAAUUAGUGAAAUGCGUAAGGAUUCUGAACAAUCGUUUAAACUAAUUUUUGAAUCAGUUAAAACAAUAGCCGCAGAAUUAGAUUUAGAAAUCAAAAUUCCGCGUUUGGCGAAACGGCAAACUAAUCGCGACAAUUAUGAAGGCGAACCGGAAGAAUAUUACCGCAGAUCAAUUUACAUACCGUUUUUAGAUCAUUUUUUGGACCAAAUCAAUGAACGAUUUUUAAAACAUCGAGAGCUGCUUUCCAAAAUUGAAAACAUUUUGCCAAAUAAAUGCGUAAAUCUGGACGUUAUUGAGACGCAGGAGACU